CUCACCUUCGUGGCGGGAGCGACGGUCAUGUCAUCCAUGCCGCCCAUGACGCUGCCUGAGGUUGCCUUCUGUGGGAGGAGCAACGUGGGCAAGUCGUCGAUCAUCAACGCACUGACCUUGUCAACGACAGCAAGGUCCUCAGACAAGCCAGGAAUGACACAGCAGUUCAACUUCUAUGUGCUUCCUCGCCGUUUGAUGAUGGUGGACAUGCCCGGCUACGGGUUCGCGUUUGCGAAUGAGCAGAAGAUGGCGGGCUGGAAAGUGCUGAUAGACCAGUACAUCCAGACCAGGAAGAUGAAGCGAGUCUUCCUCAUCAUCGACGGAAGGCAUGGAGUCAAACAGAACGACAAGGACUUCAUGCAGCGACUUGACGACGCUCGGGUCUCCUUCCAGAUCAUCUUGACCAAGUGCGAUCUCGUC